AUGUGUAAGUAUAAAACGGUUAAGGAAGUCUUCGGUCAUAUCCAUCUCGAAAAUGAGAACGAUGCGGGAACUUUCUUUAGCAAAGUUCGAGAUGGAGAAUUUUAUGUCGAAGGUCGACCGAUUAACUUUCUGGCAUCGAGGCAAGCAGGUUCCAAAGACCCAAUUUUAUAUAAAAUUGAUGAAACUAUUACUUCAACAAUUGAACCUCCCACCAUUCUGAAUGAACCUACUACUUCAGAACCUUCUAUUUCAAUUGAAAAUUUUAAGGAGUUUGGAACAGAGAGACUUGUAGAGUUUCUGAGAAAUGAUAAGAAUUUAAGUGAACUGAAGCUUGACGAUAGCUUUUUUACGAAAAUCAUGGAGAAAAAUAUCACCGGACGCACUUUUUUGAAAUUAACCAAGAGUGAUCUUAGGGAAUGUGGGCUAAGAUUAGGUCCUUCGUUGGAACUUGAGGGAUAUAUACAGGAAUUAGGUGUCAAGAAGUAUAUAUAA